AUGACGUCCGGCACGAGGCUGCCGACAUGGAAGGAGCGAGAGAACAACAAACGGAGGGAGCGGCGCCGCCGCGCGAUCGCCGCCAAGAUCUUCGCCGGGCUGAGGAUGUACGGCAACUACAAGCUCCCCAAGCACUGCGACAACAACGAGGUCCUCAAAGCCCUCUGCAACGAGGCCGGCUGGAUCGUGGAAGAAGACGGCACCACUUACAGAAAGGGGUGCAAGCCUGUGGAACGCAUGGAUAUAAUGGGCUCAUCCGGAGUAAGCCCUUGCUCAUCAUAUCAGCCGAGCUCAGGCCCAUCAUUCAACCCGAGCCCAAUCUCGUCCUCAUUUGCAAGCCCCGUCUCUUCCCACUUCACAAAUAACACCACCAACACAGCGGACCCGAAUUCCCUCAUCCCCUGGCUUAAAAAUCUCUCGUCUGGCGCCCAACCUCCAUCUUCCAAAUUUCCCCACCAUCUUUACAUCCCGGGUGGCUCCAUAAGUGCCCCUGUAACCCCUCCUCUGAGCUCACCCACUGCACGCACUCCAAGAAUGAAUGGUGGCGGCAAUUGGGAUGACCCAUCAUCCAAUCCCGCCUGGCAGCAGCAUUCCCCCUUUUUACCCUCGUCCACCCCACAGAGUCCUGGCCUGCAAACCCCACCUGAUUCAGGAUGGCUUUCUGGGGUUCAGACCCCACAAGAUGGGCCUUCUUCCCCUACGUUCAGCCUCGUGGCUGCUAACCCGUUCGGUUUCAAGGAGCCAGUUUCGAAUGGGGGCUCGCGUAUGUGGACCCCAGGCCAGAGUGGAGCCUGCUCGCCAGCUGUAGCAGCAGGGUUCGACCAGACGGCUGAUGUGCCUAUGUGUGAUGCUAUUUCGGCUGAGUUUGCUUUUGGCAGUAAUAAUAACAAGGGGAUUGUGAAGCCUUGGGAAGGUGAGAGGAUACACGAUGAGUGUGUUCCGGAUGAACUUGAGCUCACUCUUGGGAAUUCUAACACCAGAUGA